AUGGAUAGAAUAACAUGGUACCAACAGGGAGAAUCACUGGAGGAUCUUCUUUGUCAGGCUGGAAAUGUUGGAAUAUAUGAUGGUGAUUUAAAACAAUCUGCCUUCGAACAGGGAACUGCUUCACUUACAUUACAACGAAUUAUUUGGGCUGACUCACAUGAUCCUGAUUGUCGUUUGGUUCUCCAUCAUAGUUUAGUUACUAAAAUUGAUAAACAUCACAAAUCUAUGUUCUCGAAAGGUGGAAAAAUUAUUGUUCAUCUUGAUAAACCUCCAAAUAAAAUUCAUAAUGGUCCUGUACAAAAUUCAACAUAUAAUUCUCUUAGAUUAGUUUUUAAAAGUGGUGGUGAAGAUGAGUUUUAUAAAAAAUAUAUGGAAGCAUUAUCAAGACAAACGUGGAAACGAAAUUCAUCUUCUUCAUCUUCAGGUGGAUCAAGAAGUUCCUCAAAUGCUAAUAAUCACCAUCAAUCAUCAUUUAAUACCCCUAACACAACAACAACAAAUACAUCUUCUUCAUCUCGUGUUGUUGGUAUUGGUGGUAUUGAAAGAAGAAUCAAUGAACAUCAUGCUAGGACUCAUGAAAACAUUUCCCAGGCUUUUGAAGAUAUGAGUAGGCUUAUGGAUCAAGCUAAGGAGAUGGUUGCUAUGAGUAAAAGUAUAACUGAAAAAUUAAGAGCUAAAAAAGGAACAGAUAUUAAUGAUGAUGAGACUGUCAAAUUUAAAUCAUACCUCUUAUCAUUAGGUGUAGCUGAUCCAGUAACAAAAAGUACCUUUGGAAAUGGAGCAAAAUAUUUUGAAAGAUUAGCUAAAGAAAUAUGUUAUAUUCUUGAAACACCAAUACGUGAAACCGGUGGAAUGAUGACUCUUCCUGAAGCUUAUUGUCGUAUUAAUAGAGCUCGUGGUACGGAACUUAUAUCACCAGAAGAUUUAUUAAAUGCUUGUUUAAAACUUGAAAGCCUCAAAUUAAAUAUAAUACUUCAUAAAUUUGACUCUGAUGUUUAUGUUCUUCAGUUAAAAGAGAAAUCAAUUGAAAGUACUGUUGAUGAGACAUCUGAAAUUGUAUCUAAAUUUGAAGGAAUAACACCAACAAAAGAACGCCUAAUUGCUGCCGAAAUUGAGGGAAGAAUUGUUAGAGAUGAUUCUGUUGAAGGGUUGGCUUUCUAUAAGAACAAAUUUCUUGAAUGUGUUAACUAA